AUGUCCACAGAAAGAGAAUCGCCUAACCUUCUCAUUUUUGAAGCAUGUACGUAUGUUUCCGAGCUCCUUAUCAACUCGGAGUCGCUCCGCCUCCUUGUUCUGGCAAUUACGAAUGUCGCUGAUGAAUACGGAGAGUCCUCUCAUUCCGGUCAUGGUGGAGCCAAUUCCUCAGAUCCACCGUUCACCACCGCCUCAGGCAGGCAGAUCCAAGUCGCGAAACCGGAUCUAACAACCACGGAAACUGCAGAUUACAGCUCACGUAUAAGCAAUUCGCAGGAGCGAAGACCGAAACCCUAA